AUGGCGAGGCUCCCCCGCGGAAGUGGCGACAACGCUGCCCGCAGCAAGCGACCCCGCGCUGGAGAAGAGGGGGCCUUAGCUGGAGGAGCUGCUGGUGUUGUUGUUGAAACAGCUUUAUAUCCCAUUGAUACAAUAAAGACCAGGCUUCAGGCUGCACAAGGCGGAAGUAAAAUUCAAUGGAAAGGCCUGUAUGCUGGGUUAGCUGGAAAUAUUGUCGGUGUUCUUCCUGCUUCCGCAAUUUUUGUUGGAGUAUAUGAACCAGCUAAAAGAAAACUACUGGAAAUAUUUCCUGAAAAUUUGAGUGCUAUUGCCCAUUUGACUGCAGGGGCAAUUGGGGGGGCUGCUUCUUCUCUCAUUCGUGUUCCCACAGAGGUGGUUAAACAAAGAAUGCAAAUGAGUCAGUUCAAGACUGCACCUGAUGCCGUUCGCCGCAUUGUUGCUAAAGAAGGAAUUAAAGGACUUUAUGCUGGCUAUGGUUCCUUUCUACUGCGAGAUCUUCCAUUUGAUGCCAUUCAAUUUUGCAUAUAUGAGCAGCUCCGAAUUGGUUAUCGAUUAACGGCUAAGAGGGAGUUGAAAGACGCAGAGAAUGCAAUUAUUGGUGCUUUUGCUGGUGCCAUUACUGGUGCUUUAACAACACCCCUCGAUGUCAUGAAGACAAGAUUAAUGAUUCAGGGACAAGCAAACCAAUAUAGAGGAUUCAUUGAUUGUGCUCAGACUAUCAUGCGAGAGGAAGGUGCUGGCGCAUUUUUGAAGGGUAUUGAGCCAAGGGUACUAUGGAUUGGCAUUGGCGGGUCAAUCUUCUUUGGUGUUCUGGAGAAAACAAAAUCGAUUCUAGCUGAGAGGAAUAUCCGUCGGUGA